AUGCCUAUCAUAGUCGACAGUCAAGAACAGUUCGAUAAAUUCAUCAGUAAUGGAAAAUUAGUUAUCGUUGAUUUUUGGGCAGAUUGGUGCGGUCCAUGUAGAAUGAUUACCCCCAAAUUUGAUGAACUCUCAAAGACUUACCCAGAAGUUAUCUUUCUAAAAGUCAAUACAGAUGAACAUGAAAAAUUAAUGCAUGAACAAGAAAUUAAAUCGUUGCCAACUUUUCGCUUUUUCAAAGAUGGCAAAACUAUCAAAGAUGCUGACGUUAUUGGAGCCGAUCCGAGAAAAUUGGAAAAAAUGAUUAAGGAUCAACUUGGUUUAUCAUAA